AUGGAGCUCGCGCGAUUGCGAAACGCACUUGGCGAAGGCAGGACAUUGGAAUUGGAAAUCGACAAGCUUAGGGCACUCCUGGGCGUCCUCGAGGCCGAUGUUCGCAUCUUGCGGCAGGUGAAGCAUGAGAAGGGUGAACUCAGUGACUGCACGGAUGGCGAGUUCAUCCUUCGCAGUCCAGA